UGAACAACGGAGGCUACAACAACAUUAACGAGUAGCAUUUUAUCAUCAGCGGUACGGUAAACUAGACUGUUAUAACGUAACGCUGUUGGUGUGUCAUUCAAAUAUGACAUUAAUUUAUUAGCUUACGUUAGCUGGCUAGUUUUCCAUCAAUGUGCACGUAGCUAGCCUGCAAGUGGUCUUGUAUUUGCUGCAAAGAGGAGAUACACAAACGAACAUUUUUUGUGAAGUAUUUAGGAAUGGUCUAACUCCACCAGACACCAUGUUGAGUCGUCUACAGGAGCUGAAGAAGGAGGAGGAGACUCUCCUAAAGAUUAAAGUUAUGCUGCAGGACCAGCUCAACAGACUCAAGUUUGAAGAAGGGGCCCUAAAGUCCAUCAUCAACGCUCAGACAGACGAAGGUCCUUCACAACCUGCCAGUCCUGAGGUUCCUCUGAACCUGGAUGACGAAGCAGCGAUCAACCAGACCAAACUGCUGCUGAGUGGUCCUGUAGACUACCGCAUAGAGGAGGAGGAGGAAGAGGAGGAGGAAGAGGAGGAGGAUGACGACAAUAAUGAGCUUGAAGCCGUGCCUGAGGUAGACGAGGAGGACGACGAUUAUUACUGAGUGGUCCUGUAGACUACCACAUGGAGGAGGAGGAGGAGGACGACGACAACAAUGAGCUUGAAGCAGUGCCUGAGGAAGACGAGGAGGACGACGAUUAUUACUGAGUGGACCUGUACCAAAUGGCCCCCUAUUCCCAAUGUAGUGCACUAGGUUUGAGCAGGGAAUAGUAACUGGACAAAUGUAGUGCCACUACAUAGUGAAUAGGGUGUGAUCUGGGAUGUAGACAAUGUAUUGACCUCCAGUACCUAAAUGCCACUGAAGAGGAGAUGUGUGUGUAUAUAAUAUUACAGACCGUUUUUUUGUUUUACAUCCUGUACUUCUGAAGUUAUUUAUUAGAGUGUUCAACGGGAAGAUUACAGUUGUAAAUAAAAUGUAGCCUUGGGUGCUAGCCGCAAGUAGAGUUGGCUAAAGCACAAACAGA